CUUGUGACAGCUGGCAAAAUUUCCGAAGGCGUCAAUUGAACGAAAGUAGAUAGACGGAAACAUUCGAUUCUUACCUGGAUAUCCUUCAUGAACGAUCCUUAAUCCAAAAAAUGUUACGUUUUGUCAAUGAAAUCCAGGAUGGUCUGAACGAUUUUGUAUUGUACCAUAUAAUUGUACGUGUUCGUCUGAUACAAUAUGUAUUGAUUUAUCUGCUUACAAUCGAUCUGUAUGUAUUUGUCCUAUUUAUAAAUUUGGUCAUCGAUGUCUACUUACCGAUAAAAUUUGUGAAAUAAAUAAUAAUUUAACACGUCAAAACGGUGGUCAAUGUAUGCCUAUUGAUGAACGGAUGCGAUCAAAGAAAAAAUUUAUAUGCAUUUGUCAGAAAAGUUAUUCUGGUGAUCGAUGUGAAAUGGUUGAUAACAAAAUCAUUCUAUCAUUUAGAAAUGAUAUAACUUUAUCGUCAUCAAUGUUUAUUCAUUUCAUAGAAGUUGUUCGUAAGAGUGUACCAAAGAGAACAACGACUCUUCUAACAAUACCUCCUGCACAAAAGUCACACACAAUACAUUGGCCAAUACUAUUUCAUCUUGUUUUCAUAGAAAUUUUCAACAAAACCUAUUAUUUAACUCAUACACAAAAAACCUAG